AUGGGCGACAAAGGCCGUGAUAUUCCAAUGGAAACACAGUUCUUGCUGUUAGAAACAAAGAAUGGAUCCUCAGAUAAUAAUGAAAUUGUUUAUACUGUCGUCCUUCCUUUAGUUGAAGGACCAAUUAAAGCUAGUCUUCAGGGGAAUGACAAGGACGAGGUGGAGUUGUGUUUAGAGAGUCGGGCUAUUAAGACUGUUGGAUCGGUGCUUGGGCAUUCGGUGUAUAUAAGUGCCGGUACUGAUCCAUUCGAGACCAUACACGAGGCCAUGAUGGCUGUGAAGUUGCAUCUGGGGACAUUCAGGCUAAGGCACGAGAAAAAAUUACCCGGGAUUGUGGAUUCUUUUGGGUGGUGUACUGGGAUGCUUUCUACGACGAGGCUUACUGGGAUUAAAGAAAAUGAAAAAUUUCAGAACAAAGUUGAUCACAUAGCGGGAAUGAAGAAUAUCAUCAAAUUUGUAAAAGAAAAGUACAGUUUGAAGUAUGUGUACAUUUGGCAUGCUAUUAUAGGCUAUUGGGCUGGAGUUCAACCGGAAGUUAAGGAAAUGGAGGAGUAUGGAUGUUUCAUUGAGUAUCUAAAGUUGUCCAAGGGAGUGGUAGAGAAUGAACAGAGUCAUUUAGCCUCUGCUGGAAUAGAUGGGGUGAAAGUUGAUGGGCAAUGCUUAUUAGAGACCCUUGGGAAUGGUUUGGGGGGUCGUGUCGAGUUAAUCAGCAAAUAUCAGCAAGCACUUGAUGCUUCUGUUGCUAAGAAUUUUCCUGAUAAUGAAUGCAUUGCCUGCAGGAGCCAUAACAUCGAUUCAUUUUACUGCUCAAAACAAACUGCUAUAGUGAGAGCAUCAGAAGGUUUCUCCCCACUCAAACCUAUAUCACACACAAUCUAUAUUGCUUCAGUUGCAUACAAUAGCGUCUUCCUUGGAGAAUUCAUGCUCCCAGAUUGGGACAUGUUCCAUUCUCUCCAUCCGGAAGCCGAGUACCAUGGAUCAGCAAAGGCUAUCAGUGGUGGACCUGUCUACAUUAGGGGAGAUGAUGUCCAUCUUAUUUCUGAAGUUGCGUUGGACUCCAACUGGAAUGGCGACUGCACUGUGUACUCUCACCGGAGUGGUGAUCUUGUCACUUUGUCACACAACGAUGAUAUGCUCGUGUCACUCAAGGUCCUCAAGCACGAGAUUUUUACCAUUACACCAGUUAAAGUAUUGGCACCCAGGUUCAGUUUUGCACCUUUGGGAAAGGGAUAUGAAGGUGAAGGGAACAGUAAUGCUGAAGAUAGACUUCGGAACUUGAGCAUAGAAGUGGUUGCAUUAGUCUCCAUGAAGGUAAAGGGCUGUGGGCGCUUUGGCACAUACGCAUCGGCUAAGCUUAGAAAGUGUAGAGUCGGAUUAUCUGAGGUCGACUUUGCAUAUGAAUUAGCCUCUGGUUUGCUAAGAACGAACUUGCUCGAUAUGCCUCAUGAGGAUCAGAAAGUUCAUACUGUUGAGAUCGAAUUAUGA